AUGGGCUCCCGGUUAGAGACGAAUUCGACCCUGGUGCGCAAGCGCAUCGAGAACCAUGCCUUCAGCGACGAGCAAGGCGAAGAGUAUGAGGCCUCCAAGUUCGGCGGGUUUGCCGACUACAUGCGCAGGAAGAAGAUCAAAUUGCAGAACCUUGAUGCCGACAUUCGCUCGAAUUCCACCGACAAGCCUCCCAUCUUCCGUGGAGUCGUCGUCCAUGUCAAUGGCUAUACUCAGCCGUCCCUGAGUGAUCUUCACACCCUUGUUGUAAGCCAUGGCGGAGGCUUUCUCCAAUAUCUGGAUGGCAAGACUGCGGUCACCCAUGUCGUUGCGAGCAAUCUCACCCCUAAGAAAACCGUCGAAUUUUCGCGGUAUCGAAUCGUUAAGCCCGGGUGGAUUGUCGAUAGUGUGAAGGCAGGGAAAUUGCUCCCCUGGAACGCAUAUAGGCUGGUCGAUGAAGGUGUAACACAAAAGAUCUUGCGGUUUGAGCAGGGUCAGAUCGUGAGCCAGGCGAAUACCCAACAACAUGGUUACAGAGAGCAUAGCGAGAACAGCUGGUAUGCAUCUCAACUUCGUCAAGCCUCGAGAGGUACACCGAACCCGGGAUCCAGCAGUUCGCACCAUGAGAACCCAGAGUUUGCUGCGCCGGAUAGACCGGACGAGAUCGAAGAGGACGCACCAACAAAGCAAACGCUGGAGACGGAUGAUGAGAUCCACGUGCAUCGACACGCGGAUUCUAUCGUUGCUGUUGAGGACGACCAUCCGACUGAUGAAGAAUCUAGUGAACCUCCUUUCGCAGCAGACAAGGACGUCCGAGAACUUAUAGUACAACGACCAUCUGCCGAUGCCGCCCAGGACGCUGAUCCACCGAGCCAUCCUUCCAGGUCAGAGAAACGCCAGUUGACUGCCGAGGAACACAAUGCCAUUCUACUAUCGAAUCCGCACCUGGCCAAGUCAAGCACCGCCAACCCAGACUUCCUCAAUCAGUACUAUCGUGAAUCUAGACUACACCACUUGUCAACCUGGAAAGCUGAAUUGAAAGCUCAGAUGCAAGCCCGCGCCCAGGAGAAGUCAUCCUCUCAAAGGGCCAGACAGAAACGAGCGCCAGGAUCGCGACGCUAUGUGAUGCAUGUGGACUUUGAUAGCUUUUUUGCGGCAGUAUCGUUGCGUAAGCAUCCUCAACUGGUUGAAAAACCUGUGGUGAUUGCGCACGGGAGCGGUCCCAGUUCGGAGAUUGCCAGCUGCAACUACCCUGCGAGAAAAUAUGGCAUCAAGAACGGUAUGUGGAUGAAGGCAGCCCAAGAGCUGUGCCCUGAUAUUAGCGUGCUGCCUUACGACUACAAAGCAUAUGAAGAGGCAAGUCGACAGUUCUACGACUCUAUCUUGGCCAUCGACGGCGUUGUUCAGAGCAUCAGCAUUGAUGAGGCGCUUGUGGACAUAAGUGAACAAUGCAUCAAGGCGGGUGGCUCUGAUGGCAAGGGACUCUCCGAAGGCUCCAUCUACCGGGAGCAAGACUGUGCCCAGAAACUUGCACAGGAACUGCGAACCUCAGUCAAAGAGAAGACUGGCUGCGACGUCUCGGUCGGUAUAGGGGGCAAUAUUCUUCUGGCCAAAGUAGCGCUCCGAAGAGCCAAACCUGCUGGACAGUAUCUCAUCAAGCCAGAAGAUGUCCUGGACUUUAUUGGCGAGUUGACUGUGACUGACCUGCCCGGCGUUGCAUGGAGCAUCGGCAAUAAGCUGGAGGAGAUUGGAAUCAAGUACGUCAAGGACAUCCGAACAUGUACCAAAGAACGCCUCGUCAACACACUGGGGCCCAAGACAGGUGAAAAGCUAUGGGACUACUCUCGCGGCCUUGACAGGCAGGAAGUGGGUGACCAAGUCAUGCGCAAAUCUGUAUCGGCUGAAGUCAACUGGGGCAUUCGGUUUAUCAACCAACAACAGGCAGAGGAGUUUGUGCAAAGUCUUUGCGACGAACUCUCACGGCGUCUUCUCGAACAACUGGUGAAGGGGAAGCAGCUGACCAUGAAGAUCAUGCGAAAAGCUGCAGAUGCAGGGCUGGACCCUCCGAAAAGUCUGGGUCAUGGCAAAUGCGACACUUUCAACAAAAGCGUCGCGCUUGGUGUCGCAACUACUGACGCUGGGAUUCUGGGAAAGGAGGCCGUCUCCAUUCUGCGCAGUUACGGAUUCCCUCCCGGAGAGCUCCGCGGGUUGGGAGUGCAAAUGCAGAAGUUGGAACCCCUCAAGCCUUCUACGUCCGGCAGUGCGUCUUUGCUGGGUAGUAGCCAGCGGCGGUUGCAAUUCAAGAAGCCGCCAACGCCGACAUCACGACCGGCUGGACACUCAGAACAGAGUACCUCGCCUCCACCAGGGGUCCGUACACCUAGACUCAAGAACACGGUCGACGCGAUUGAAGAGGUGCCUACGCCUGAGAAGCCGAAAGACGACGGCACUAUACCUGGCGCCCUUGACGGCAAUGCCAGCAACGAUGUGUUCCGUCACAGACCACUGAAUGUUAGUGGUACCCAAUUUAUCGUUCCUUCACAGAUUGAUCCGUCUGUAAUGGCCGAGCUGCCAGCAGAUAUUCGGGCCAAACUCGACCCCAAGCAGAGGACCAUUCUGGACAGUCUCAACAGCAUGGCCCGCUCCGCCACCCCACCGGUGGACUCAUUGUCCCGGUCUGCAUCGCCAUGUCCGAGCGACAGUGAAGCAGCGCUGCCCCGGGAGAGCCAACUUGACCUUGAAACUCUGGCUGCUCUUCCUCCAGACGUCAGAGAAGAAGUACUCGCGCAGUAUAAGGCCCAAGAGAAGGUGGAUAGACUGCCACGCUACAAGGGCAUUCUGCAUCAGUCACCGCACAAGAACAGAUCUCAGGCGUCGUCAAAGAAACCCAUAGUGACUCCGACGAAGAAGCAGAAGACGGCCGCGUUGUUUGGAAAGUCUCGGUCGAACAGGGUGGGCGACUCAUCAUCAACCCUGAUGCAGUCCAAUUUUGUAGCCCUCCCCAAAUCAAAUCCAGGUCCCAACGAGUCGAUUGCUUAUGCCUCUGACGAGAUCUCCGAAUCCUUUCUCAGCGAGCUGCCCGAAGAGAUCCGGCUGGAAGUGCUGGCCGAGCAGAAAAGAAACAGGAUGACGGCGAGAUCGGGUCUCAACUUUGAAAGUGGCAGAAAGAAACCCAAGCCGAAGACGAAUCAAGCUGACGACGCGACCCUCCGGGGCCAACAGAAAUUACAGCUGGCAAAGCCUGCCGAAAAGCCCACCUUCACAUCUCGGAAGCUCAGUUCUCUGCCGGAAUUGCGAGACGCCAUCUCUGCCUGGGUCCGAGAGUUCUCGGCAGACGGAGAAGGGCCUGACCAGGAAGACGUUGGCGCCCUUUCUGAUUACCUGAACAAAGUGGUGUCGAUCGAGCGGGACAUGGCAAAGGCGGUUGCCGUUGUCAACUGGCUCGGGUUGGUGAUAGAGUAUGAGAACUUCAAGAGGGACUAUGUCCGUAGCUUGUGGGAAACGGCAGUGGCUGCCUUGAAGGCAGACGUGCAAGCGGCUGUGAGGAAGCGAGGUCUCCCUGCCGUGGUGUUUGACUGUUAG